GCGAAUUCUUACACAACAAUUUGUCUUCUUUUGGCACUCAAUGCCCUGAAGCCUGUCCGUCAAAAGGGCGUCAAGGACCUUACACUGCAAACUUCUUGCUGGAAGGGCGCCAAUAUUGCUUCAGUUCAUGUACAUAAUGAUAGGUGUCAAGAAAAUACGGGGCAGGGCUAGCUAAGGCCUUUGUGCAAAAGGCUGGUCGGAGUCAGCGGCAAUGGAGACUGAUGGUGGACAGCGGACAUUCACGAGGACAUCGCAUGAUGGAGGGAGGCGCGACACUACUAGGCGAAAUAGGAGGGAGAGGGCAAAGGCUGCCCUAGGGCAAGCCUGGCGCGUGGUGAAGGUUUACCCCAGUACGAUAAUCUUCCCGGCGCUGCUGCUUGGGCUCUGCCUGGGAGUUGGCGUCUGGGGGAUUACGUAUGUCGCCAGGCUGCAAGAACGCGCAACUCGAGAGCGCGCGGAGAUGGCGGCCGCCGACGCUGCACUAUGGAUACACCAACAGCUGAGUACCGCCAUCGCGCCGGCUCUACUGGCGGCGGCUGUUGUGAAGUACAAUCCCCAAUGGAGUGCAGCAGAGCCACUGUUCCAGGGUCUAGCACCUGCACUGCUGGGGCAGGCCUCCAACAACUCCAUCCGGGCGCUCCAGCUGCAGCCCAGUGGCGUGAUCCGGAGCGUGUACCCAUCAAAAGGAAAUGAAAAUGUGGUGGGGCUGAAUCUUUUUGCAUCGGAAGCCAACCGGGAGGGCGCGCUGAAGGCGGUGCGGGACCGGGUAAUGACCCUGUCAGGCCCCACGAACCUACUCCAGGGCUUUUACGGGAUCACCGUCCGGCAGCCCAUCUUCCUGCCGGGCGUGGCAGCCAACGCAACCCUUGGACAGCAGGACCCGCUGCCCAAUCCGGCCUGCGGCGAGCUAUGCAAUUACAACUCGAGCACGGGACUCUUCUGGGGCUUUGCCUCCGUUGUUAUGGACUGGGACGCAGUCACCGCGGACCCAGGCUCAAAGCUGCGCGGCCUGCAGCAACUGGGCUUCCGGUACACGGUGGCGGUGACAGGCACGCCGGGCGGAUCACGCGUUGUCGCCGCAAGCGACACCUCGCCUCCGGAGCACGCGGUGCAGGCGACCAUCCAGCUGCCCAACGCUCAGUGGGAGGUGCUGGUGUCGCCGGACAGCGGCUGGAACGCGGACUGGUACGCGGGCCUGCUAGCGGGCGUGGUGGUGCUGUCGGUGGCGGUGGCGGUGGCGCUGUUCGUGGCGCUGCUGUCCAGGCGCCAGCACCAGAUGCUGCUGGAGGCGCUGCUGCCCAAGGAGCUGAUCCACGACCUGCGUGAGGAGCACACGGCCUCGCUCGCGGCCUGUCCGCGCAUGAACAUGGGAGAAACUCCGGCAGACCUGCUACUGGACAUGAUGUGCUCGCUUCUUGAGGGGUAUGCGCCCGACCUGCGUGACGUGGUGUUCAUCCGGACGGCGCUGCUGCGCAACAUGGACCUCUACACGCCGCUGAACGUAAAAAAGCAGAUCAAGGGAGCCAACCUGGAUGCGGAAGUGGCUCAGGCGCUGAUGCAGCAGCUGGUAGGCGGCACUGGACACCAGCUUUCCACGCUGGUGCCGUACCGGUCCGGCAUGACGUACACACAUGACGGUAGCCCCAUGCCCGGCUGCGCCAGUCCCGACACCCACUCCUCGGGCCACCACGGCCCCAGCGGCGGCGGAGCCACGAUCGCUGCGGGCGGGGCCGGGGGCCUUCCGCCGGGCCCCCCGCACCUCACAGCGCUGCGGCGCAGCGGCGGCUCCGUUUACAACCUAGAGACGAUGUCGGGCGCCCUGGCGUUCGUGCUGUCACCGGAGGCUGACACGACGCCGCCCGCGCCGCCGCCCAGCGCGCUGCCGCACGGCGGGCCGCACGGCGUUGCCGUGCUGCAGCUGCAACUGCAAGCGGUUGCGGGGGGCCGCAUUGGCUUGGGCGGGUCAGGCAGCGCCGGCGGCUUGACUCUUGCAGGGCAGAACGGCGGCGAGCAGUACGCGCGCUCCAGCAUGCCGCUGCUCCCGCAUCAGGCCUCGCCGCACGCAUUGCAGCAGUCGCAGCAGCAGCAGCGGCAGCAGCAGCCGCUUAGGGCUCUGCGGCCUGACGUGUCGCUUGAUGGCGUGCUGCUGCCGCCCGCGUCAGCGCACGGCCACCUCCUCGCGCACACGCACAGCACUGGGCACAGCACCGGUGGCGGCACGGCGGCUUCCGGCGCAGGCACGGGCCCGCCAACCGUGGGCGUGCGGCUACACGCCGAGCAACACGGUCCCGGCGCCGGCGCUGGCCACACAGGCCAUGGCGCCGCACUCAGCGCCGGCUCCCUCCACGAGUUUGCGCUGCACGCUGGCGGCGACAACGCGCUGCCGCUCGCGCGGGAGGACGGCGUGCUGUCGCUGGGCACCUCGCCGGCGCUGACGGGGCGCGGCACGGGGCUGGCCACCGCCAGCGGCCUGCCCGGCAGCAGUCCGCCCACAGGGGCCUGUGCUAUCAGCUUCGGCGGGUUGCGGCGCGGGGGAGGAGGUGCGGAUCCAGAGGCACCAGCUGGGCCAUCGAGUCUAGGCGCCGUCGGUGGGGGCGGUGGUGGAGGUGGCUGGGGCUCGCUGUGGCGGUCACCAGCGCGCGUGUCGUCGGGCCUGGCACAGGAGCCGUCGCCGUUGGGUGUGAGCGUGAGCCGCUUGGCCGGAAACAGCGCGCGCGGCAUGGUGCUCAGCGGCGGCAGCAACAGCCCGGCGACGCAUGGUGCAGGUGGGGGCGGAGGGUGCGGGGGCGGAGUAGUAGAGGCGAGCGGCCAGAGCGAGUCUGCUUGGUCCGGCGGGGGAGGCGGCGCCUCGAAGCGCAUUAGCACGCCCUCCCGGAUGGCUCUGUUCAACAUCGUGAGCGCGGGCAGCGUUGCCGCUGCCGCCAUCGAUUCGGGUAACGGCUCCACCCACCCGGGCGCUGCUGGCAGCGGUCCCGCGAGCCAGUGCGUUGGCGGGGAAGGCGGCGGCAGCGCGACGCCCAGCCCACGGCUGCGGGAGCGGGAGUGCGGGCGCUCGGACAGCAGCCCGCAGCCCUACACCGUCACCGCGCAGGGCGUGCAGCUGUCCGCUUCACCGGGCGCCACGCCUCCGCUGUUUGGCUCCGCGGCGAGGCGGGGCACGGGCCCCGGAGCGGUGCUGGGGCUUGCUGGAGGCGCGGCAGCGGCCGCCGCCGCCGUCGCAGCAGCAGCCUCAGAAGACGUGGUGUUGCAGGUGGCGGCGCCGCCGCUGGGGGUCGCUGCGGCAUUGGCAAAUCCCACGCCAGCCUACCUGCCGGUAGUGCCCAACCCCAUCCCUGUCGUGAACAUCGUGGAGCAAGCCGAGAAGCUGCUGGCGCGGGUGGAUGACUGGCACUUCGACAUGCUGGAGGUGGCCAAAGCAACAAACGGGCAUGCGCUGAGCGUCACGGGCUUCUUCAUCCUGCAAAGAUCCGGCCUGAUCAGCCGCUUCAAGCUGAACCCGGUUGUGCUGGCGCGCUUCCUGCGCUGCGUGGAGUCUGGCUAUGUCAACACGCCCUACCACAACUCCACGCACGCCGCGGACGUGCUUCAGAUGCUGCACGUGAUCAUCCACAACGCGCAGCUGCACGUGCACUACCUGGACGAGCUGGGGCUGCUGGCGAUGUACUUUGCGGCGGUGAUCCAUGACUUUGGCCACCCCGGCCUCACCGGUGACUUCCUGGUGAACACGUCGGACCAGCUCGCGCUGCGCUACAACGACCGCUCGCCGCUAGAGAACCACCACUGCGCCGCCGCCUUCACGCUCAUGCGCCGGCCGGAGUUCGACCUGCUCGCGCCGCUCAGCGCGGGAGAGCGCAGCUCCUUCCGCAAGCAGGUGAUCGAACUGGUGCUGGCCACGGACAUGAAGCAGCACUUCUCCAUUCUGUCGCACUUCAACACAGUGCACCGCCUGGCAGCCUACUCCCAGCAACAACAGGCGCAGGCCCAGCCAGCCACUGCGACGGGCCCGCCCGCGGCCACAGGCGCUGACGGACACUCUAAGCCGCUGUCAAUAAUCAAGAACCCGUCUGAGGUGCGGGAGGUCGCGGCAGCGGUUGGGGAGCUCACAGUGCCAAAGCCGCUGGACGACACGGAGCGGUCUCUGAGCCUGCAAGUGGCGCUCAAGUGUGCGGACAUUAGCAACUUGGGCCGCGAGCUCGAGUGCUACAAGAGGUGGGUGGCGCUGCUGGAGGAGGAGAUGUUCCUGCAGGGCGACAAGGAGCGCGAGCUGGGCAUCUCCAUCAGCCCGCUCUGCGACCGCACCAAAGUGGGCGUCAGCAAGAGCCAGACCGGCUUCUUCGAUUUCGUGGCGCUGCCACUGGUGCACGCCAUGUCGUCGGCGUUCCCGGGCGCGGCGCGCAUGAUGCGCCACUUCCUAGCGAACUACAACCACUGGAAAGCGGUCGCACCUGCUGCUGCGCCGACGCCCCCGGCCGCGGCGCAUAAGGCGGACUCGGAAACCAAGCCAGCUGUGGCGGCGGCGGAGCUGGCGCCGUCGUCAGGUCGGCCAACGUUGGCAGGGGCAGUGGUGGAGGUGCCGGCCGCGUUGGCCUCGGCGCCCACGGCGCUGGCGCCCAUGACCAAGGCCAUGGCCAAGCUGCGGUCGAUGGGGUCCAGGCGGCUGGUGGCAGCCGAGCCGCCGGCAGCAGCCGAUGCUGCGGCGAACGGGCAUGCGGCCAGCAAAGCCGAUGCGGAGGACAAGAGGGAGAAGGAGCGGGAAAAGGAAAAGGAGCGGGAAAAGCCCGGCGAGGCGCCAACUGAGGCUCCUCACGGCCAUGUAGACCAGGGCGGGGGUAUUUGAGGCUAGGUUAUUGGAAGGUCCUGGUGUGGAAUCCCCGACGUGCGCGACCGCGCUUGUGGGCCUCAGACUGUGGAGGGGCUCAGCCCCUUUUCCCGUGACCGGGGAACACUUGUCGUUGUAAGCUUGGGCAGUAAUAUAGUAGGCCUUUAUAAUGCAUAUACUAAGUAAGAACGCUGUGUUCGUCGUGUGGCCGGCUUGAGCUAUUGUUUAGUGUACCAUGCUAUGUGUGGGAAAUGCCACCUCUACGGUGUGAUGGAUGACGCGGACAUCAAUGUGUUAUGAUAACUGGCGGAUUAUCAUCCUGACGUAGCAAGUAACAGAGAGACUGCAACCAGUACCACGUCUGUAUUGACGCUGUGUGUACCGUUCACUGGCUGCGACCUUAAUUUACCAACAGAGUUUCUGUGCUGCUGGGUUCCUGGAUUCCUAUGCGGUACGGCGAGGUGUUGAUGACCGUCUGCCUACGGGUCAAGUACACAACACCUUUGCGAGUGGACGCUGGUGUGUGAAAGAGACACAUGCUGCAGGACACAGACACCGACAGCGACAGUUAGCUGAGCUGGUCGUCAGCUGGGCUGAGUCGGUGGCUGGGUAAUAUGCGCGGACUGGUGGCUGAGUUGGUGGCUGGGUGAGUUGGCGUGCAGUUCCGGUCGCUGUGCCGUGUUGGAGCCCGGAUGCAGAGGACUCGCAGAUAGUGCACCGGGGGCAUGUUGAAUUACAGUGUGGUCGGAGUGCGGAAACGCCAAGAAAAUCGGCACAUGGUCUUGUUACAGCAACUUCAGCAGACAAGCGCAUGCGAUGCAUGCAAGUGUGCGUGGUCAUCGAUGCGUUGUACCGUACAGGGCUCAGAUCUCGAAUAAGGACAAAAGUCAAAUCCUGGAACCUCCAAUAGGAUGCCGAGUGAUGAGAGCCUUUACAGCCCUUGAUAUUCGUCAGCUACAGCCCACCUUCGCCAGCGGAUGUAGGAUUUCGUAUGCACAUGCAUGCAUUGUGCAUGUCCGAGCCGCGAAUGAACCCACGCUCAAUCUAAGGAUGGUCAGCUCCUCUCCUAACCAUGCGCAGGGGCAAUUAAAGAUGCACACAGCAACAGCAUGCACAACCCAGACAUGCAUUGUCCCAGUUGCUGUCCUCAAUGCUCGACAUGCUAGAGCCACAAAUACGCUGCAACGAGCACAUGAUACGAUACCAGUAUCCGGUUCGCAAGUGUAAGUACUCUGGUGCCACACAGUCACACCUGCGGCACUCCCCUGGUCCAGCUACUAACGGUGGAAGCAAUGCCCUCCA